GGACCGCUGGCUAUUGCUCCACCAGAACGGCUUAUUCGUUCUCUCAUAUAUUGGGCUUGUAAUACCGAGCAAAGGCGAGCCAUCAAGGACGCUGAUCGCUUUAUGAAACGCGGUCCUGUGGGUCGUUUAGUACCCCACCCACGCGUUUCGGAGUUCAUUGGACAGACGUGACAAAACCAAACAAAACAAACAAAAAUAACAAACUUGCAGGCCAACGUUGAUGUGGGAAAUCCGCAAUAAUGGCUCUGAAGAUUGUUAAAGGGAGCAUCGAUCGGAUGUUUGACAAAAACCUUCAGGAUCUAGUGCGUGGCAUCAGAAAUCAUAAGGAGGAUGAGGCUAAGUACAUCUCUACUUGUAUCGAUGAGAUCAAGCAGGAGCUGAAACAAGACAACAUUGCAGUGAAAGCCAAUGCCGUCUGCAAACUUACCUACUUGCAGAUGUUGGGCUAUGAUGUCAGCUGGGCUGCCUUUAACAUAGUUGAGGUGAUGAGCUCCUCUAAAUUCACAUUUAAGAGGAUUGGUUAUUUGGCAGCCUCACAGUGUUUUCAUGAGGGAACUGAUGUCAUCAUGUUGACAACCAAUCAGAUUCGUAAGGAUCUCAGUAGUCCUAAUCAGUACGACACUGGUGUUGCCCUGACUGGCCUGUCGUGUUUUGUGACCCCCGAUCUUGCUCGUGACUUGGCUAAUGACAUCAUGACACUAAUGUCCCACACUAAGCCUUACAUCCGGAAGAAAGCUGUGCUGAUCAUGUACAAGGUGUUCUUGAAGUACCCAGAGUCUUUGCGUCCAGCAUUCCCCAGGCUCAAAGAAAAACUGGAGGACCCUGACCCUGGGGUCCAGUCAGCAGCAGUGAAUGUCAUCUGUGAGCUGGCCAGAAGAAAUCCUAAGAAUUACUUGUCUCUGGCUCCCCUCUUUUUCAAGCUGAUGACCUCUUCCACCAAUAACUGGGUACUGAUUAAAAUCAUUAAACUGUUCGGUGCCCUCACACCACUGGAGCCACGACUGGGGAAGAAGCUGAUUGAGCCGCUCACCAACCUCAUUCACAGCACUUCAGCCAUGUCCCUUUUAUAUGAAUGUGUGAACACCGUUAUUGCAGUUUUGAUAUCCCUGUCCUCGGGAAUGCCCAACCACAGUGCUAGUAUUCAGCUCUGUGUGCAGAAGCUGCGAAUCCUCAUUGAAGACUCGGACCAGAACUUGAAGUACCUAGGUCUGCUGGCCAUGUCGAAGAUCUUGAAAACUCAUCCCAAAUCUGUGCAGUCCCAUAAAGACCUCAUUCUGCAAUGUCUUGAUGACAAAGAUGAGUCAAUUCGCCUCAGGGCCCUGGAUCUGCUCUAUGGAAUGGUGUCUAAGAAGAACUUAAUGGAGAUUGUGAAGAAACUCAUGCUACAUGUGGACAAGGCAGAAGGCACAACCUACAGAGAUGAGCUACUCACAAAAAUCAUUGAUAUAUGCAGCCAGAGCAACUACCAAUACAUCACAAAUUUUGAAUGGUACAUCAGCAUUUUGGUGGAGCUCACAAGGCUCGAGGGUACUCGGCAUGGCCACCUUAUCGCCUCACAAAUGCUUGAUGUGGCAAUUAGAGUUAAAGCCAUCAGAGGCUUUGCUGUGGCACAGAUGGCCACGCUCCUCGACAAUGCCCACCUACUGACAGGAAACACGCAGCGCAACGGAAUCUGUGAGGUGUUGUAUGCAGCAGCUUGGAUCUGCGGGGAAUUUUCAGAACAUCUGGAAGACCCUAAACAAACUCUGGAGGCAAUGCUCCGGCCAAAAGUGGCAACCCUGCCUGGGCACAUCCAAGCUGUAUAUGUACAGAAUGCAGCAAAGCUGUUUGCCACUGUGCUUAGGAGCCAAGAAAGUACACCAGACAACACGGCAGCCCAGGAGACAAGUCAACUCAUGAUAGACAGACUUCCACUGUUUGUGCAAAGUGCGAACCUGGAAGUGCAGGAGAGGGCCUCGUGUAUCUUGCAGUUGGUGAAGUACAUACAGAAGUUGCAGCAGAAGGAGGUUGAAGUUGCUGAAGAGGUCACUGCUUUAUUUGCAGGGGAGCUCAACCCAGUUGCCCCAAAAGCUCAGAAGAAAGUGCCUAUUCCUGAUGGCCUGGACCUGGAUGCCUGGAUAAACGAACCUCCUUCAGAGAGUGAAUCUGAAGAUGAGAAGCCCAAAGCUGUUUUUGCAAAGGAAGAGCCAAAGCACACACGAUCACGCCACAGUGAAGUGGAUGAGAAAGAGCUGGCUCGGCGGAGGGAAGCCAGAAAGCAAGAGCAGGCCAAUAAUCCUUUCUAUAUUAAAGCCUCACCCUCAUCACAGAAGAUAUAUCAGGACGCACCAGGUGUGGAACACAUUCCAGUGGUACAGAUUGACCUCAGUGUGCCUCUUAAAGUUCCAGGGAUGCCCUUAUCAGACCAGUACGUGAAAAUGGAAGAAGAUCGUCGACAGAAGGAGAAAGAUGAGAAGAAGAAAAAAGAGAAAAAAAGAAAGAGGGAGAAGCGUGCGCGGGGGAGGCAUGGGGACUCCGGCCCGGAGAGUGAGGAGGACAUCACCCCUGCCCAUCAAGUGGACAUCGUCACUGAGGAAAUGCCGGAGAAUGCCUUACCCAGUGAUGAUGAUGAUAAAGACCCCAAUGAUCCUCACAAAGCUUUGGAUAUAGACCUGGACAAUCUGGUGUCAGGAGUAGGCACCCGGCCUUUAACAGAUAGUGAGAAGCUACCUACCAGAACACACCGCUCUGCUGAUGUCUUGAAAAGCCCUGAAGGGGAUGGGGAUGGAGUGAGCAUCACAGCAGAACCCAAGAAGAAAUCAAAGAAGGAAAAAAAAGAAAAGAAGAAAGUUAAAGACAAGAGGUCUGCAGAAGAUAAGAAGACCAAAAAGAAACACAAGCAUGAGCCUGAGGAAGAAGAUGCUAGCAUUCAGGAAGUUGACACAUUGGAGAAAGAAGUCGAUGAGACACAGUCUACUGAGCCUGUGCCUCCUUCAGCCUCUGCUGGGGCCGCAGAUUUGGAUUUCUGGCUCACAACUGACGCGGCUCCCUCUGGUACACAGGAGGCUGAAGCAGCAACCAACACUGAGACGCCUACGGAUGCAGAUCUUAGUGAGGUCAAAGACACGGAGCCAGAAGAGACGAAAUCCAAGCAUAAGAAAAAGAAGGUGAAAAAGGAAAAAGAGGAGCUGGAGAAAAAGAAGAAGAAAAAGAGACAUCAUCACCACCGUAGUGAUAGAGGGGAAGCCGAAUCUGUACAGAAUGGUACCAUGGAGGAGGAUGACGAGGAACCCCUUCCGCCUAUGUCGAAUUAUGGUCUGCUUGCUGAGAACGCCUACAUUAAAAUGGUGUAUGACAUCCAAGGCAAUCUGCAAGAUGGCAGUCAGGUAGUCGUCUCAAUCAUCUUUCAAAACAUGAGCACCAGCUUCCUCAAAUCAAUGGAGUUCAAUGUCUUAGAUUCUCUCAACUCUAAACUCCAAAGACCAGAGGGUGCAACUCCACAUGAUGGUCUUACUGUCCCAUUUCAACUCCCACCAGGGGUUUCAAAUGAGGCCCGCUUUGUUUUUUCUGUGCAAAGCAUAGUGAUGCCUCAGAAACUCAAAGGAACCCUUACCUUCAUAGUAAAGACAGAUGACUCCUCCACUCAUGAAAAACUGGACUUCAAACUGCACUUUACCUGCACAUCAUAUCUGAUCACUACACCAUGUUACAGUGAUGCAUAUGCAAAACUACUGGAGUCAGGCGACCUGAAAAGCAGCUCUCUGAAGUUGGAGGGGGUGACUAUGCCCUUUCACCAUUUGCUGGCACGGGUCUGCUUUCAUCACCACUUUUCUGUUGUGGAGAGGAUCGAUUCCUGUGCUUCCAUGUACAGCAGGUCAAUUCAGGGUCACCAUGUCUGUCUGCUGGUUAAAACCGCUGCUGAGACGGUGUCAAUUGAUGCCAAAUGUGAUGAGUUGAUGCUGCUGGAAAAUGUGCUGGAAGAGAUCAAGCAGACCUUCAGUCAGAGCUGAUUGAAUUGAAAGUUACUGAUGCUCUAUUCCCCUCUCCACCUGGUUCUAUCUGUCAGAUAAUUUCAAGUUGUCUAUAGCACAUGCAUACACACACUUAUCCUCAACCCAUGAAUCUGUUUUUAUUAUUUCUUCAGUUGUGAUUUGUGAUUACUUGUUAAUGUCACUUCCUUCUUUCACAAAUUGUAGUUGGCAGAUCUUAAUCAACAUUUGCAAGGCUAUAAAGCAGUCAACCUGUCCUGUCAAAAACAUUCCUGUCUUUUGCUCUGAAACCAAUUUCUUUCCAUCACUUUAAUAUCCGAUUGUGUUCAUGGGCAUUGUGCAUAUGUUAUUUGUUCUCUGUAUGAUGCCAUCUUACCAGUGGCUCUUGUAUGAUGAACCGUUGUUGUUUGCAUUUAUUUUAUAUUGCGUUUGUGUUUGCCACUUGCUUUGUUGUUUUCCUCCAGUCUUUUUGAGCCUUUCUCUCUCUUUACAUUAAACAUUAGCAUGCACAGCCCUCCUCA